CCCGGUGACCCCCGGCAGCGGCGGCGCCCGGCCGCGGCGCUGCCCCCUCCCUCCCGGUAGGAUCACCCCACCCCGUCGGGCGGUCACCUCAGCGAGGAGGAGCCGCCGCCGUUCUGCCUCCGCUCCCGCACGACCUGACGGCAGUGAGCCGAGCCGCACCGCACCAUGCAAGUGGGGAAAGCAGCUGAGAGCCGCGGCGCCGGCCGGGCCCUGCAGCUCACCAUGAAGAGAGGCUACGAGGUGCUGCGCGACCCCCACCUCAACAAGGGCAUGGCUUUCACCUUGGAGGAGAGGCAGCAGUUGAAUAUUCAUGGCUUGCUGCCUCCCUGCUUUCUUGGUCAGGACACCCAGGUCUAUAGUAUUCUGAAGAACUUUGAAAGGCUGACAUCUGACCUAGACAGGUACAUCCUGCUGAUGAGCCUGCAGGAUCGCAACGAGAAGCUUUUCUACCGAGUGCUGUCCUCUGACAUUGAGAGGUUCAUGCCUAUUGUCUACACUCCCACCGUGGGGCUGGCUUGCCAGCAGUACGGCUUAGCCUUUCGGAGGCCGAGAGGCCUUUUCAUAAGCAUCCACGACCGGGGACACAUCAGCACAAUGCUUAAAUCCUGGCCAGAAAGUGUCAUCAAAGCCAUUGUGGUGACAGAUGGAGAACGUAUUCUUGGUCUUGGAGACCUUGGCUGUUAUGGCAUGGGCAUUCCAGUUGGGAAACUGGCACUUUACACAGCUUGUGGAGGAGUAAAACCUCAUGAGUGUCUGCCUGUGAUGCUGGACGUGGGAACAGACAAUGAGGCACUGCUGAAAGAUCCUUUGUAUAUUGGGCUGAGACACAAGAGAAUCAGAGGCCAAGCCUAUGAUGACCUUCUUGAUGAGUUCAUGGAGGCUGUGACUGCAAGGUACGGCAUGAACUGCCUCAUUCAGUUCGAGGACUUCGCUAACGCCAACGCAUUCCGCCUGCUGCAUAAGUACCGCCACAAGUACUGCACCUUCAACGACGACAUUCAAGGCACUGCCUCUGUGGCUGUGGCAGGUCUCCUUGCAGCGCUGCGUAUCACCAGGAACAGGCUCUCAGAUCACACAGUCUUGUUCCAGGGAGCUGGAGAGGCUGCACUGGGGAUUGCAAACCUCAUUGUCAUGGCUAUGGAAAAAGAAGGGAUAGCUCAGGAUGCAGCUACCAAAAGGAUCUGGAUGGUCGACUCCAAGGGAUUGAUAGUAAAGGGCCGUGCCUCCUUAACCCCUGAGAAGCAGCGCUUCGCCCACCAGCAUGCUGAGAUGAAAAACCUCGAGGACAUUGUCAGAGACAUCAAACCAUCUGUGCUCAUAGGAGUUGCAGCAAUUGCAGGUGCUUUCACUAAACAGAUCCUUCAGGAUAUGGCUGCUCUGAACAAACAACCUAUUAUUUUUGCCCUCAGCAAUCCUACCAGCAAAGCAGAGUGCACUGCUGAGCAGUGCUACAAAUACACAGAGGGACGGGGCAUUUUUGCCAGUGGAAGCCCUUUUGAUCCUGUCACUCUCCCAAGUGGACAAACUCUCUAUCCUGGCCAGGGUAACAACUCCUAUGUGUUCCCAGGAGUUGCCCUGGGAGUGAUUUCCUGUGGAGUGAAGCACAUCGGCGAGGAAGUGUUCCUCACAACGGCUGAGGUAAUAGCUGAGCAAGUUUCAGAGAAGCACUUGCAGGAAGGUCGCCUGUACCCUCCCUUAGUCACCAUCCAGGAGGUGUCGCUGAAGAUUGCUGUGAGGAUUGCAGAAGAAGCCUACAGGAAUAACACUGCCUCCACCUACCCUCAGCCCAAGAACCUAGAAGCCUUCAUCCGCUCUCAGGUGUACAGCACCGAGUAUAACAGCUUUGUGGCUGACUCCUACUCCUGGCCUGAAGAAGCCAUGAAAGUGAAACUGUAAAUAUUUAAUGAAGAAGGAUCAGAGCAGCAGGAGUUUAAAAAGCAUUAAAACACCCAGCACAUUCCUGCCUAGGAAGCCUAAGCAUAGUUGAUUUUUUAAGAUGCAGAGAACCUUUUCUAAAUUGCAAUACUUGGUUGGAAACUCAGAUCAAGAAAUCACAUGAAUCAGACACCAGGAAUAAAAAGUAAUCUGAGGAA